AUGGCAGGGAUGAAGCCAGGGAUCCUCCUCUUCGGAUUCUUGGUGACCCUGAGCCUAUGCCAGGCAUCUGGAUCUUCCAUAAACGAUAUCUUGGAGACGCUGCCAGAUCCAUUCUUUCUGAGCAGCACUAAUGAAGCCAAGAAGCUGGUGGACGCUGCAUACAAGUACGAACGGGACAGAGCAAAAGAGGCCAUAGAGGAAAAGGACGUCAGCCCCUCAGAUUUCCUGAAACAUUUAAAGGAUCCAGUGGCAGGAACCAGGUCUGCAAUCCGAGCUGCCGAUUACAUGGAAACCACCCUGAGCCUCCUGAAGAAGAAGUUGUGUCGGCUCGUGAAAGGAAAGUUUAAUAUCACAGAUGUACUAAGUAGGAAGCAGAAGGAAAUUAUUUCCAAGGCAACUGGUUGUGACUAUCAGAUUCGUUCCAUUAAGUGCCCGAAGAGUAGCAUUUACCGGACCAUUACUGGAGAAUGCAACAACAGGAAACAUUCUUAUUUGGGAGCUUCCAAUCAUGGAUAUGCCCGAUGGCUCCCGGCAGAGUAUGAGGAUGGAGUGUCUCUUCCCAAAGGAUUAACUGAAGGAAAACUUUACAAUGGAUUUCCGCUCCCACUGGUUCGAAAAGUGUCAAAUGAAAUAAUUCAUACAGCCAAUGAGAAUGUCACCCAAGACCAGGAGCGCUCUCUCAUCUUCAUGCAGUGGGGUCAGUGGGUUGACCACGAUUUGGACUUAGCCCCUUUCACUACUACAAAAAUCAACAAUAAAGAAGUUCAUUGCGAGACCAGUUGCACCUUUGAGCCACCUUGCUUCCCAAUUCAGAUUCCCCCUGAUGAUCCACGAAUUAAGGACCCAAAUACUUGUAUGCCAUUCGUCCGUACAGCUCCAGUGUGCAAUGCCAGAACAUUUAUGCGAGAGCAGAUCAAUGCGAUCACCUCAUUCUUGGAUGCCAGCAUGGUGUACGGCAGUGAAGUACCUCUAGCUAAGAGUAUUAGGAAUCAGACAAACCAGCUGGGUUUGAUGGCGCUGAACCAGAACUUUACUGAUGCAGGGCUGGGAUUACUGCCCUUUGAGAACAAAUCCCAAAGCCUCUGUUUAUUCACAAACAAGACCAUGAAUAUCCCCUGUUUUAAAGCAGGUGAUGCACGAGUAACUGAAAAUCUGGGACUUACAGCUAUACACACACUCUUUGUGCGGGAGCACAAUCGCUUGGCUACCAAGUUGAAAAAAUUAAAUCCACACUGGGAUGGAGAGAAGCUCUACCAGGAGGCCCGAAAAAUCAUAGGUGCCAUGACCCAGGUAGUAACAUACAGAGACUACUUGCCACUUCUGCUUGGAGAUGAGACUGAGAAGGAAAUACCAUGCUACGCGGGCUAUGAUGAGUCUGUGGAUCCCACCGUGGCAAAUGUAUUCUCCUUGGCUUUUCGGUUUGGUCAUAGUUCAAUACAGCCUUUUGUGAACCGUUUAGAUGAACAUUUCCAACCUUUGGGUCCACAUUCCCAGGUGCCUCUUCACCUCACAUUCUGUGCUUCCUGGAGGGUUGUAAUGGAAGGUGGCAUUGACCCGCUUCUCCGUGGUCUGCUGGUUGACCAUGCAAAACUAAUGAAACCGAAUCAAAUGGUGGUUGAGGAGCUCCAGGAGCGGCUUUUUGAACAGGUAGAAAUAAUUGGACUGGAUCUAGCAGCCUUAAACCUGCAACGUGGAAGAGAUCAUGGUCUUCCGGGGUAUAAUGCCUGGAGGCAAUUCUGUGGGCUCUCACAGCCUCGCAACUUAGCUGAACUCUCUGAAGUGCUGAGAAAUCCUGAGCUGGCCAGGAAGUUCAUGGACCUGUACGGGACACCAGACAAUAUCGACAUCUGGAUUGGGGCUAUGGCGGAGCCGUUUGUUCCCAAUGGCAGAGUGGGACCUCUCCUGGCUUGCAUCAUUGGAUCUCAGUUCAGGAAAUUGCGAGAUGGGGACAGAUUCUGGUGGGAGAAUCCCGGGGUUUUCACUCCACAGCAGCGCCGUGCCCUGAGCAGCAGUUCAUUGCCACGGGUUCUCUGUGAUAACACUCGCAUUAGAGAGGUGCCCAGGGACGUGUUCAAGGUCAACCGCUAUCCUGAGGACUUUGUGAACUGCAGAGUGAUUGACAGUCUUGACUUGUCACCUUGGAGACAACGCAGUAACUAGGGAGUGGAAGGCCCAGUUGCUGGGGAGAGGGGCCGAGUGAGCCAGAAACAUGCGGGGGAGGGGGACACAGCGUCGGAAGGACAGAGGCCCCCUGGCCAGACAGAGCUCAUUGGGGCACAGUGA